UAUUUUCUCUCGUUCUUUCUUCUUUCUUCUUUCGCCCUCGUCCUUCCUUGAACAGUUUUCCACACAUUGAUCUAUGUCCGUGACGCUAGUUUCUCUCACCAAGAAAUACUCUAGCGCGCAUAUUGCCCUACCGAGUGCGCCAGGCUAAACGCAAAUACCGGAGGGCUUUGUUGCGAUCUGGAAUUGAGCAGCAUUCAGGUAAUCUGCUCGUGCACAUUGACCCAAAAUGGUUGCCCUAAAGCGAUUUUUCCAAACGGAGAAAAGCUCGUCCAUAAAUUCUAAGGAUGGAGCUACUCGGGAAAGCAAUACACCAGAAAACGAUCUGUCUUCAAGUGCGAGGAACUCGCAAUAUCUAGAACCAGACUAUCCGUUUCAGCGAAUUGAGAAACAGUUUGAAGUUUUGCAUGAUCAACUGCAGGCACGACCGCUGUCCCCACGUUCACAAGCUCCUCCAUCUCGCGCCUCGAGUCGUAGCACGACUCGAGAUCCGCGGCACGUUGACUUGCUGGAAGCUUUAUUCUCUUCGCACAGAUACCAUAUCCAGACUGCGCAGACGUUGUCACCCAUUAGUCCGUACAAUGAAGAUAUCGCAGAACGAAAUAUGACUCGAUUCCUUCAAGGGCAGUCGGGCAAGCCAACUAUGUACUCACGCAUACUCUCUGCUUUAUAUCAAGAGGAUGUGGCGGACAGAAACAUUGCCAGAAGCAGGAGGGGUGGCCGUCCAUCUUCUCGCAAUACCGCCAGCCGCUCUCGUGGAAACUCCUUUCAACGGAGUUCUCAGAGCCACCAAGAGGAAGCUCGUUGUCGCCCCCGAUCAAAGGCUGGCAGUAGUUUGGCUCGGUCAGUGUCUCAGGAAGCUCGGAGGUCUACCACCCCGCCUCAAGCUGACCAGCCAACUACUUCGCGACAAGAUGUGUCCUCCGCCACCGAAAGCCUUGUCCGACAGCAAAGAUCGGUGCCAAAUCUUUCCGCCAAGCCAACUAAUGGUCCCCAGAGGGAAGAUGCUUCGAGAUCUGGUGGAUUCCUGGGCGUUCCUCCCCCUUACAAACAAGGCGACACAUGGAGCAGCACUCCGUUACCGGACAGCCCAACUUUGCCCCCCAUGGUAACCAGUGAUACUGAGACCAGUGAAAGCCACCCAAUGCCAGAUCCACCACCUUCCAGAUCAAGCCGGAGCCGCAGUUCUUCUGUGACUUCGGGUAGCCACAAUCUGUCAAACGCAAGCAAAUUGAAACCCAAAAAGAACGUCCGAGAUCUGUCGAUUGAUACAGAAUUGGCAGCUCGUGGAAAGCCGUCUGCGAAGAUUACGCAUCGUGCCAUACAGCCACCUACUCCAGGUAGCUUGGGGAUGAAGCAGAACCCUAGCAUUGCGGAAGUUAUGAACAGCCCACUCCCAGCUGGGUCACCAAUCUCUCCAUCACCAGGGGUUCAGUCGGACCAAAAAAUUGCAGAGAUAAUGGAUAUGUUUAGACAGGCGUAUACCUCGUCGGCUGCUAUCUCUCCACAUCCUACUUAUGAAACUCUUCAGGAUGCGAUCAUUCGGGAGAUCAAUUCUCACGAGGCAUUCCAACGGGUACCGCCUCCUGAAUCCGGGCCUCCCUUUACUCCUUCUUCCCAGCAGACCUAUCCAGAAAUCGACGCACCAAAGGCCGAGGCUCUAAGCACGAACCGGACUAUGUCUCUGCGAGAGGGACAGAUCUCCAAAUUGAUCAGGCGGGGCUCCUUCAGGAAACACAGGAGAGGGUCUGACGCGCGCAGGAGCAUAUCCACCAGUGUUCCUUCGAAAGUCUUCUGGAAGUCAUCGGAACCCACCAGUCGGCGAAGGCACACUGAUGCUCCUCCUCCUUCACCUGGCUUCUUCAAUACUUUGGAACAGAACCAAGCACCUAAAGAGCCAGUGACAUACAUUGAUCUCCUUUCCAAGACGAGGAAGUCUCCUGCAAAUGUUACUUCGGGGAGAACACCAGAUAUGACUAGGAACUUCAGUAACCCCCAGCCACCGCCUACCGUGUCUCUUGAGAGCGCCAACCCAACGCCUUCCGUUUUCCACAUGCGUGCACAGGCAUCUAUAUCGUCUAUUAACAGUCGUAUCAGCUUUUCAGCGGAAGACAGUGACGAAGAGGUGAUCGAACUACCCAGUGUUGGCAUUCCACAGUUGCAAAUCCAUGGUGUCGACGAGAACAACGUGACCUAUAUCGCCGAAAAUACCUCUCCACGAAAUGCAUUCAGACUGAUGAGCUGGCCACAGAGGUCAGGCAGGAGCGUGAGCCUCAGGGGCAACUGGUUCACAAACGAGAACAACAACAGCCCCUCUCGAUCAUCCUCAAGGGGCGGGCUCACAACCCGCUCAGUAGCAUCUUGCUGAAUCUUUCCAUGAAAUCGCUCGAGUCGUCUGGCAUCCCAGUCUUUAACGGAAUCCACCCCAAUAUACCCUGUCCUAUCUUACUCUACGCCACCCUUCCAUUCCUGACUUCAACGCCUCCUUGACGAUACUGUGCCUGCUUUAUGUUGAG